AUGAAAUAUGAUAACGAAGCCAAACUCUUUCAGAAUUUUGCCAUGAUUUCGAAUACCCGAAAAUUUACGUUUUCUCAGAAACCAGUUUACAUAACCCCUGCUGCUAUUCGUCACUACAAUGACAACCAAAUAUCAGAUAUCAGUUCCCAUUCAGGCCGAGAAGCUUGUCAAGAAUAUAAUAAUUCAAACAUUAAAAUUUACUUUGAUUUUGGUUACUACACUUUGAUAACCCCUUUCCGGUUCACAUGGGACUCGACAGAGCAAGAUUUCAUUAUACACACGAAUCGGCUACAACAGAUUUUAUGUGGCUUUCGUCACCUCAUCAUGUUUAUUCCAAUUGUGACAUCCGUUCGGCAAAAGAUAGCUCAGUCUCGGGAUGUCCUUGUGCUCUACUACUUUGACGUGUUCAGGUGCAUCGUCAUGCUGCCCUACUUGUUGACAUACUCUGUGACAUUGUGGUCAAGGUCAGACGCCGUCAAGGACGUCGUUAAGCAAUCCACUUACAAUUCUGGAUAUUUUGGCAAGAAUCCAUCGGAGCCUUCACAGCAGGCCUGGUGGCACCGAUUCUACAAUCGUUUGAAUAAAGUCGCUUUUCUUUGUGCGUGUGCCAUCAUUCUGCCCGUAAUAUCAACACGAUCCGCAGUCGGUGACAUUGUUGGAGACCCAAUCGCCACGGUCAUGAACCAGUCCCUGCAGGCAAAGUAUUCACUAUUUCUUAAAGAUGCUGACUACGAGAGGAACAGCAGCAACAGAAAUGAAACGGGAAGUGAACUAUCAAUGACAGUUGACAACCCAUCAUGGGACUCAAUUUUGCUAUAUAUCUUGCACAUCAUUUCCACUCAUUCCAAAGAUGCAAUGGAUUGUUUCGCCAGUUUGAGCAUCAUCAUUUCAGCAAUUACAUUAUUAGAAGCUGCUCAAUGUUUCACAAGCAACUUACAAGAGGCAAAUUUCUCGUUCUCUACUGCGACCCAAGUGCCAGGGAUUCUUGAUCAGUUUUAUGAUUUGAAAAAGUUUUCAGAACCCAUAAAUCGAUUCGUGGCUCCCACGACCUUCUUCUACUCGAUCGUAUCCAUUUCGUACAUGACCGUAAAAUUUGAUGACAUUGCAGCCACGAUGAAAUUCCUUGACAAAUUUGAAAUUCUGUAUUUUUUAAUAAAUGAUGCCUACUUAUUCUUCAUGGCCGCUCGAGUAUGCCAAGAGAUGCACGAGUUUUGGAAGUGGUUGGUUCGGAGAGAAACUCGAACGCUUCUUUCUCCCGAAGAAAUGACCACUCUUCUCGCCGAUGUUUCAACGACGCCCAUUGGAAUCAGUGGAAAUGGAAUGUUCACCAUUGAUCAUAAAUUCUUGGGAACUAUUGGGAUCACUCUCAUUACUCUGUUUGUCAUUGUUCUUCAGGUGAAAAAGUAG